AUGGCUGUGUUCCUGGGCUUACGCCCACAUGAUCCGGGAAUGGACCGCCUGGUUCCACUUGGGCGAGCCGUGGGCGAGGUCGAGUUGCACGACCGGUCCUUGCCGCCAGGGCAUGUGUACGUGGGGCGCGGGCACCAUUCGCACAGGCUACCAGUUACCAAAUGGUGCUCCCCGUACACUCCAGGACACGACUGCUCCCCUUCCGAGUGGAUGCAUCUCUUUGUCGAGCACAUCAUUUGCAAUUUCUGGACAUCUCUCCCCGACUUGCAGGGCGCGACCCUUGUCUGCGAUUGCCCCUUGGGCUCCUUGUGUGAAAGGGACGUCCUGGCAGGUCUGGUGUGGUACCAAUUGGCCUCGAGCCGGAGUGGAGGCAGCUGGCAGGGUCGGCCAGCCCCGGCAGGGAGUGCCGCGUGGGCCGCCUUCACCCAGAUACCGGCCUCUGUCGCCCAUGUUAUUCCCUAUUCCCCGCAGGAGUCUGUCAUCACGGCUUUCCGCAGCCUGUUCCCUUCCUCGGCCUUCCGUGGCUUCGUCUUUCCUUUCAUCGAGGACCUGGUGAACAGUCCUCCUUUCACUCUUUUCCCCCAGCUGCGGGAACAAGGGCUUCGCUGGGAUGGCGCGUUGGGCCCUUCUCUUUCUGACCCCGCCUGCAGGUUGAUGCAGCGCACAGCGGAGGGUCAGCAAGCGGGGGCGCUUUCAGGGAGGGCGGCGCUCCCCCCCCUCCUCCCCUUCGGCCUGUCCCCGGAUGAGCACUUCCGGCGCGAGUGUGUCGGCCCGCUUCGGGAGUUGAAGCGCCGUUGGAGCCAUGUGGGGGACCACCUGCGUAAGCUCCAGACCCCGGCAGUCCGGAAGGUCACGGCCCAGCGGGACCUGGGCUUGCUCAGUCUCUUUGUCGUUCUGUUGUCUUGGCCGGACACCACUCUCCCUUCACACCUUUUGUUCGGCAUGCCCGCGGUCGGUACCUCUCUCCCCUGCGGAGUAUUCCCACAGCAAGGCUUCGACACAAUUCCUCUCCAUCGUCUCUUCGAGAACGUGGAAUCCCACAACAAAGCUGUCCAAGGAUCUAUUCGGCCAGGCCCACACGAUGACUUUUUGCUGGAGCAAUCUACCAAGGACUUCGAAGCGGGGUUUUGUUCGGCACCGUUGUCCUGGUCGGAGCUUCUUCGCCACACCAAGGGCAAACCGAUUCGUUUGAUACCGAGGUGCGUGAUUUCUCAGGCUUCCGGGAAGCAGAGGGUGAUCGACAACGCGGACCAUGGAGGACAGAGCGAGUUAAGCUCUGACUCUAACAAGUUGGUGUUGUGCUCAGCCCUCCGCCCGGCCCAGCAUGUUUCCUUGGCAAUGCGAUGCGCCAGCCCGGCGGUCGCCCGCCGCCUGCUGGAGGAAGACCAGUGGGAAGGCGGCGGCGAAGACUGGCCGGACGCCUAUCGCCAUUGCCCUAUGGACGAGGACCAGUCCAGGGCCUGCGUGGUGGUAUGGUACCACAAGGAUUGGGCCCAGCCGGCGUGCCAGGUAUAUUCCGGUCUUCUCUUUGGGCUCCCUUUGGCAGUGACCAGCUUCAAUCGGCUCAGCCGUUUCUCCGAGGCGGUGGGCCGUCGGCUCGUCUGUGUCUUGGUCUCUAUGUAUUUCGAUGAUGCGCACCUUACCGACCCGGCUUCUGCGAAGGGCUCAGCCCAGUUCGCCUUCUCCGAGGUCAACAAACUUUUGGGCUCCCCCUUCGCGGAGGCAAAGCGACAGCCGAUGAGCACAGUCGGCGACUUUCUCGGGCUGGAGUGGGACUUCCGCGACGCUGAGCAGGAUAAUUCCCUGCCGCCAGGCUUGGCGUCGAAGCUGUAUGGUAUGCUCAAUUUCCUCGAACAGGGGGUGUAUGGCCGUAUUGGCACAGGGGGCAUCGGCGCCCUCAAGGAACGCCAGUACGAGGCAGCUCUGGAGUUGACGCCAGCUAUCCGCUCGUCAUUCGAGGUUAUCCGAGCCAUCUUGGCACUGCGACCGCGUCGGUCCGUGGAGGUGCUACCCUCCCCCUGUGCCCGAUUCGUCGCAGCUAGCGAUGCCGCGGAGGACGAACCGCGCAAGGGCACGGGCGGUUUCCUGUUGCUCUGGCCGGGCAGCGAGCCCGGCCGCGAAGCCUUCGUGGCACAGGUCGAUCGGCAUACGUAUGAUGCCUUUCUCCCGGGGGAGGUUAAAAUCGCGCAGCUCGAGCUCUCAAUGGUCCUCUUCGCCCUUACAGCUCGGGCUUCUACCUUUCGUUCUCGUCGUGGCACAUGGUAUAUUGACAACGUAGCCGCGCUUAUGGCACUCAUUCGAGGGCGUUCCGAUUCUCCCGACCUCGAGCGGCUGGCACACCUCAUUCAUGUGGCCCUCUUCUCUCUUCAAGUUUGGGUAUACUGGGAGUGGGUACCCAGUAAGUCCAACUGGUCCGACUCGAUCAGUCGAUUGGGUGCGUCGGACCCGUGGGCUGCUUCUCGCGGCUUCUGCCUUCACCACGCUCUUUUUCCUACCGAGGUGUGGUCUCUGCCUCUGGUGCCGGCCAUGCUGGUGUUUCAGUUUCUGUAG